CCCUCUAGCGGCGGCAACACUGUGGCAGCAACACCACGAUGCACCUGUAACCCCUAUGAACAUGUCUCACCCUGGCACUGGACGGGUAAACACAGAUGCACGAGUGCCUGUGUUUAUGGAAAGGAUCCUGUUGGCACUGAAUUCCAUCAAGGUGACACAGCAGACCCACUCCAAGUACUUUAGCUUACUGCUCAGAAACACCGAAGAUGCCCCACUUGAUCCAGAGGGCCUGCCGGACUUGCCUUUUUCUACAGAACAGGACUUUGUGCACUUCGACAAAGAGCUGGAGGUCGACAAGAGAGCAAGACUUCGUAUGAGACAACAUAUGUUAGUUCAAGGAGGUGAUACACCUAAAGAACGGACCACCCGAAUUUUGAGAAGUAUACUAUCUUCAAGUGUCGCAGCCGAGUACAGCUGGUGUGGCGCCAAGGGAAAACACAAGUUUUCUGAUCUCAACAUCUGCAAGCUCCUGUGUAGCACCCUCACCUACCGUCAAAACUUGGAAGAAGCCAAGGCAACUAAGAAGGACAUAGAAAAAGCAGGCAUGUCGUGGCUCCGUCAUGCUGCUGAGCGGGCAGCGGCAGAAAAAAAGUCCAUGGGAAGGAAGGACGGCACACCAUUUACACUAGACUAAGAAAUCACUUCAACAGGGCAGCCCUUUGAAAGGAACUAUGCAAGUCUGUUUCUUAACGUUUUGCACUACAAUUUGCAACAGCGGUGCCCGCAGGGAGUGUGGUAAUGUAUCUGGAGAGCUACAUUUUCAAAGAAACAACUUAAUUGAGUAAAAGUUUAAAAGUCUGAAUGCUUUUCUCUACAUAUGGUGUUUGUUUGCUUAUGGCACACAUC